AUGGAGCUCUUAACUGCACUAUGCUUGCUUUGUUUCCUUUGCCUUACAUAUUACCUCUACAAGCUUGUCUUGCAGAGGACAAACCAUUGUUGUUACAUGCUAGGCUAUGAAUGUUACAAGGCCACGGAGGACAGAAGGUUGGACACAGAAUUAUGUGCUUCCAUCGUAUUCCGCAACAAAAAUCUUGGCUUGGAAGAAUACAGAUUCCUCUUACGAACCAUUGUCAAAGCAGGCAUUGGUGAAAACUCUUAUGCUCCCGAAAAUGUCAUCCGGGGCAAAGAAGAGCGUCCUGAAUUAAUCGAUUCAUUAACCGAGAUGGAUCAAAUUUUCUUUGAAACACUUGACAAUCUUUUUGCUAAAACAAGUAUUUCUCCACAAGAAAUUGACAUUCUUGUGGUGAACGUAUCCCUACUUUCUUGCGUGCCAUCUCUAACAGCUCGAGUCAUAAACCGUUACAAGAUGAAGUCCAAUGUCAAGGCCUUUAAUCUCUCUGGCAUGGGGUGCAGUGCCAGCCUUGUUGCAAUUGAUCUAGUCCAGCAGCUGUUCAAGACUUAUAACAAUGCAUUUGCUAUUGUUGUGAGUACGGAAUCUUUGAGUGCAAACUGGUAUUGUGGCAAUGAAAAAUCCAUGAUAUUGUCCAAUUGCUUAUUCCGCUCGGGUGGUUGUUCGAUGCUUUUCACCAAUAAUAAGGCCUUAAAGCAUCGAGCUAUCUUGAAGUUAAAAUGCAUGGUACGUACUCAUUAUGGAUCAAAUGAUGAAGCCUAUGAUUGCUGCAUCCAGAUGGAAGAUGGUCAUGGAAACAGAGGUUUUCGUCUCACGAAGAAACUUGUCAAAGCUGCAGCUCAGAGUUUCACCAUCAAUCUGAGAGUGCUGGGGCCUAAAAUGCUUCCAUUAUGGGAAAUAAUAAGGUACAUCAUAUUAUCCUUCCCACAGAGGAGGAAAUCCAAGAGGGCAUCCCUUGAUGAAGGACUCACUGCAGCAAUUCCGAAUUUGAAAACAGGAGCGGAACACUUCUGCAUACAUCCUGGUGGAAAGGCAGUCAUAGAUGGGGUUGGCAAGAGUUUGGGGCUAACUGACUAUGAUCUUGAACCGACCCGGAUGACGCUUCACCGCUUUGGUAACACUUCUGCUGGCGGCUUAUGGUAUGUUCUAGGUUACAUGGAAGCUAAGAAAAGACUCAAGAAAGGUGACAGGAUAAUAAUGAUAAGUUUUGGUUCUGGAUUUAAGUGUAAUACUUGUAUCUGGGAGGUAAUGAAAGAUAUGAAGGAUGGCAAUGCUUGGAAAGAUUGCAUUGACGAGUACCCUCCAAAUGCUGUAGUCAACCCUUUCAUGGAGAAGUAUGGAUGGCUGGAUCGAUGAUAAGGCACUCAGCUUCAUCAGAGUGGAUGAUUAUAUAUUAUUUUCUUGAUUUUCAAGAGAACUUCCCAGUUUGUCUGAUCUCUACAAUUUGCAAAUCUAGACGAAUACGACAUGCCCUAAAAUUCUCCUUAAAGGGCCUGGCAGAUUAUUGUUGAGAAUCCACAAAAAAGUUCAGCUUAGUGUUUGUGUGGAUUUAUU